AUGUUGAGCUCCAGCUUACGGGCCGCCGCGUCCAUAUCCGACACCUACACGCUGAGAAAAUCCCCCGAGCUCGUCGAGAAGCUUGUCAGGACCUGGUUGGAGAGUCCACACGUGGGCGUCGGUGACCAUGCGGCUGGAGUGAUCCAUCGCUUGCUGGAGAAUGAUUUGGACCUUGCCGGCGACGGUCCUUCCCGGGACUCGGAUACCAACGCCGAUGUCGGUGCCGCUGGUUUUUGGGACUUGAUCACUCAGCAGGAGCCUAUUCUCUCCAUCAUCCGAGAUCUCUGCUCCUACGAGUCAGCUUCCCAUCGAACAGAGCUGGACGUCACCAUCUCUCAGGGUCGCCUGUUGCAACUUCUUCCCCGCCUCGCCGUCCUCAACCUUGAAAAGUUGAUGCAGUCAGGCUCGCCGCACCUCUUUCCGCUACCCGCUCUGCCAGCAAUUUAUUCGGAUCCGAUGAUAGGUAAGGGGGGGCUUUUGCCUUGGGCAGCCUUGAACAUGAUUGACAAAUCGGACGAGAUUUUGUAUCGUAAUUUAAUCGCCUUCUUUCAGGAGUUUGUGCUCCUCAUGCACAAGGCAAGGCGCGAGCAGUCAUCAAAGCCUACAUCCAGUCCAAUGGAAAACGGCUCAGGUGCGGGACGUCAGCAAAGGGACGGGUCCGUGAAAUCCCUGAUCCAAGCGGCAUGUUCAGGAGACAGUUUGCUGCCUCGAGCCUUGCUCGCCGUGCCAGACGACAAUCUAGAAGAUGACUCUGCCGACUACCAGAAUGACCUGAAGGGUUACAUUUCUCAGCUACUCAAUUAG